GAGCAAGGAAGCCCAGCCACCGACGCACCUCCCUUUGAGAAACCGAAAUUCGGAUCUGCUCUGCCCUGUUCUUUUCCGUCGGCUGCUCUUCAUUGUUUUGGUGUGAGUUCUUCAAAAUUCUGAAUUGCCGCCGGCUUCCCUUAGCUUGCAGCUUCGGUUUGCUUGCUGGAAAUUCUGGUGCUGUUAUGGCUUAGAGCACUUGGAUUGAGUCCUUGGUUUAUGCGAAUGAGGUAAGUAAAUUAUGAUAACGCCCUUCGAUUUUAAAACACAUUUUAGCUUGUUUUUGAAGUGGUGGCGGGACUAAACCCGUUUUAUACAAAAAUGAGCAUGAUUGAUUUGAAAUAAGAUUAUUAUUCUUUUUAUUGAUUUGAGCAUGCCUACUUGGAAGUUACUUAACUGCCCUGAUAAACUGAGAAUUUUGUAAAUUCUGAUUUUUUUCUAUUAAAUCCAUGUCCACAUGGAAAUUUUUCGAUUUAUUUCUAAAAUUGAGAGUGAUUGUGAAUCAUGGAUUUUUCUGUAAAUCUUGCCUGGUUUUGUCUCCGAUAUGGUCAUGUUAUUCGUGUGCCCGCUAGUGGGAGGUUUAUAAACGCUAGCACAUGUCGACAUGUUACUGAUAGAACCGGUUCGUUUUUGUUAUCCUACUAGUGGGAUUAUACACUAGUAAAUCGUGUGCUUGCCAGUGGGAGGUUUAUAACACUGGCCAUGACCUAUAGAGGAGAUGUCUAUUUCGUUUCUGUACUUGUACCUAUUUUUCGUGAUUAUACUUGUUAGCAUGCUAUAAGUUUAAUCAAGGAUUAUCCAUAUUUACUUACUGAGUUAUCUCAUAGUUUUUCCUUGUCCACCAUUUCAAGAAUCGAAGUUAAGGACGGGGAAAAACGAGGGGAGUGACGAGUUAAAAGGCUAGCCAUCUUGUAAAUUGAACAUAGAUUUUAGAUAUAAAUCAUGAUCUUGUAAGCUAGACUUUGUUUGGAGAUUUUAUGAUAUCAGAGCAAAUUUUGUAAUUUUAUCUUCAGAUUUUGUGGUAUCAGAUUGCGAUAUGAUUAAGUUUUGAGCCUUGUGCAUUUGUAGGACCAAAGUGCACGGCAUCUACCAUGUCCUCGGACUUGGGUUCUGGGGCGUGACAAUUAGAAUAUGUUAUGUUUACAAAUGGGGCAUCAAGUAAGCUUAAGAGCUAAUUCUUAAUCUAGUUUAUGACAGUUUGCUAUAUAAAUAAGUGUAUACAUGGAUUGCCCAAGGACUUGUGUAAAUAUUCAAAGUAUGUGUUUUUAAUUGGAACCUAAGCUCCUUAGUUUGCU